UACACGUAGCCAUGCCAGCUCCAAAACCUCUGUAUUUAAAUUAGCCGAAACUCCAUUUUUAUGAUCAUCAAAUCAUACUCACCAUUGCUGAACAAAAGUAUCGUGUGCUUCCGUCUUCCUUGACCUCAUUAGAAAGUUUUGCAUUCUCUCUCCUCUGGAAUGCAAUUCUUCUAUUGAGCCGUCUCUUCUUCUUUCAUUUCCAAUAAUAAUUUCAUAUUCACAUUUUCUCUAUCCUCCUUUCAUUAGCUAUAAAUACCUCCCCAUCCCUUCCUCAUUUCCUCAAUUUCCACUUUCGUUGAAGUCUUCAAACUUCUAAGUCUUCGUUUUACUAAAUUCCAUCAGUUAGCUAGAUAAAAUGACGAUCACACCAAAGAUUUCCAUCAGCAAUGGUAACCUUGUGGUUCAUGGAAAGACCAUAUUGAAAGGAGUGCCUGACGAUAUCAUAUUGACCCCAGCCUCUAGCGGCGGUCUGGCUGGUGGUUCGUUUGUUGGUGCUUCCGCUGCUGAUAGCAAAUGUCUUCAUGUGUUCCCCAUGGGCACUUUAGAGGGUCUGCGAUUCAUGUGCUGUUUCCGGUUCAAGCUAUGGUGGAUGACUCAAAGGAUGGGGAAAUGUGGUAAAGAUGUUCCCCUCGAAACUCAAUUUAUGAUUGUUGAGAGCAAGGAUUCCACUGCAGAUGGUGAACCAGAUGACGCUCCAACAAUAUACACAGUUUUUCUACCCCUUUUGGAAGGUCAAUUUCGAGCUGUUCUUCAAGGGAAUGAGAAGAAUGAGUUAGAGAUCUGCAUGGAGAGUGGGGACACUGCUGUGCAAACCCGCCAAGGGCUUCAUCUCGUUUACGUACAUGCUGGGACCAAUCCUUAUGAAGUUGUCAACCAGGCUGUUAAAGCCGUAGAGAAACAUAUGCAAACUUUCCGUCAUCGAGAAAAGAAACGGUUGCCAAGUUUUGUUGAUUGGUUUGGCUGGUGUACGUGGGAUGCCUUCUAUACUGAUGUCACGGCUGAAGGUGUAGAAGAAGGCCUCAAAAGCUUGUCAAAAGGUGGAGCCCCACCACGGUUCUUGAUCAUCGAUGAUGGCUGGCAACAGAUAGGAAAUGAGAUUAUUAAGGAUGAAAACUGCGUUGUGCAAGAAGGAGCACAAUUUGCCAACAGACUAACUGGAAUUAAAGAGAAUGCCAAGUUCCAAAACAAAAAGAAUAGUGAAGACAACGAUCUGGUUCCAGGUCUGAAGCAUGUUGUUGACGAAGCUAAACAACGACACAAUGUAAAGAACGUGUAUGUGUGGCAUGCUCUGGCUGGCUACUGGGGCGGAGUUAAACCUGCAGCUGAUGGUAUGGAACACUAUGAUACAGCCUUGGCAUACCCAGUUCAGUCUCCUGGUGUAUUGGGAAACCAGCCAGAUGUUGUCAUGGAUAGCCUCUCUGUUCAUGGUCUUGGUUUGGUCCAUCCAAAGAAAGUCUUCAAUUUCUAUAAUGAGCUCCAUGCCUAUCUUGCAUCAUGUGGUGUAGAUGGCGUCAAAGUUGAUGUGCAGAAUAUUAUUGAAACCCUUGGUUCUGGACAUGGUGGCAGAGUUUCUCUCACCCGAGCCUACCACCAGGCCCUUGAAGCCUCCAUUGGAAGAAACUUCCCUGAUAAUGGAUGCAUUUCUUGCAUGUGUCACAACACUGAUGGAAUAUAUAGUUCCAAGCAAACUGCUGUUGUGAGGGCUUCUGAUGAUUUCUACCCUCGAGAUCCUGCUUCUCAUACCAUACACAUUUCCUCUGUGGCUUAUAACUCGCUUUUCCUUGGGGAGUUCAUGCAACCAGAUUGGGAUAUGUUUCAUAGUUUGCACCCAGCUGCAGAUUAUCACGCAGCUGCUCGUGCAAUUGGUGGAUGUCCUAUCUAUGUGAGUGACAAGCCAGGGAAUCACAACUUUGAGCUUUUGAGGAAGCUAGUUCUGCCUGACGGAUCAGUGCUCCGUGCUCGCCUGCCUGGAAGGCCUACUCGGGAUUGCCUAUUUAUCGAUCCAGCCAGAGAUGGAACUAGUUUGCUCAAGGUUUGGAAUGUGAACAAAUGUUCUGGUGUUGUUGGCGUGUUUAAUUGCCAGGGUGCCGGUUGGUGCAGGGUUGAGAAAAAGACCCGCAUUCAUGAUACAACUCCAGGAACCCUUACUGGUUUUGUCCAUGCCUCUGAUGUCGAUUCCAUUGUUGAAGUAGCUGGGCCAGACUGGAAUGGGGAAGUGAUUGUUUAUAUGUACCAAUCAGGAAAUGUAGUUCGGUUACCAAAAGGAGUUUCAUUGCCUGUGACUCUCAAGGUCCUGGAGUAUGAACUCUUCCAUUUCUGCCCCCUGAAGGAAAUCACAAGCAGCAUCUCAUUUACGCCAAUUGGCUUGCUUGAUAUGUACAAUAGCGGUGGGGCAGUAGACCAGUUUGAUGUUCAACUAUCAUCUAACGAGAGAAUUGUACACUCCAAUGGUGAAGUCCUUACAGAACAGAGAAACUUGCUCAGCAACACAGAAUCUCCAACUGUGAUCAUCAACCUCAAAGUAAGAGGAUGUGGCCGGUUUGGAGCGUACUCUUCCCAGCGCCCAUCCAUAUGUACUGUUGAUGGUGCGGACACUAACUUUGAAUAUGAUUCAGAAACCGGGCUGUUGACCAUAACCCUGCCAGUCUCACAGGAGGAGUUGUACAGAUGGCCAGUUCAGAUUCAGGUUUAGUUCAACAGUUUCCAAAUAUUUAUCCACAUUCUUUCAGAAAUUUGUGACUUUUGCUAGCUCAUGUGGCCCUUGGUACGAUCAGUCAUGGAUCUUGUGAUCUGUUUGAUUGGUAUAGCUUCUCUGACUAGUUUUGAGGGUUCAAGGUAAUGUAUUGUAGAGAGAGGUAGUGAGAGAGUGUGUUGGGAGGAAGAAUCAAGGACUUGGUGUUAUUGUUGUACUUAUAUCCAAUAAAUAAAAUUUGUUUCGUUA